GUUUCUGGUCGAUCCAUCUUGCAACGAUUCCAAUGUUAUGAAGAUCAAAUCUAUUAUUUUUAUUUCCCUGAUUAUACCUCAUGUACACCUUUUGUAUGUGAUUAUGCCCAUUCUGCGAAUGAUGGAAACUUAUUGGCUGUACCUGAUGAAGAAGGUCGUAUCUCUAUUAUUAGAACAGAUAAAUCCAAUGAUAUCUCACAAGGUCAAUAUCAUUGCUCAUUCUAUUGUCAUGCAAAUGCAGUAGUGGAUGUUAAAUGGAGUCGUGAUGAUACCAUGUUAUUAACAUCUGCAGCUGAUAGUAAAUCAAGGAUCAUGGAUGUAGAAACACAACAAUGUCUUGGUACUUUUAUUGGUCAUAGGGCUAUUUUAAGAUCUGGCAAUUGGCAUCCUACCAAUCCACGUAAAUAUUUAGGUAGUUAUCCUAUGUAUGGACCAAUCAAGGCAGUUCCAGAUGCACAUGUUGAACCCAAUUCAAUCAUCAAAAAGAAACGACCUGUGAAAACCAUUACAGCUGGUCGAACAGUAACAUGUGCAUUAUUUUAUCCAAAUGAAGAAGAAAAAGUCAUCACCUCUGGAAGUUUUGAUGGUGCUAUCAAACUCUGGGAUUGUCGCGCUGGUCGUUCUCCCUCCACUUUGCAAGCUACUCAUUUUCAACAAAAUGGACGAAGAAAAGGAAUUUCUGAUAUGAAGAUCGAUCAUUCUGAAACUCGAUUGUUUAGUGUGUGUAUGGAUAGCAGUAUCUAUAUGCAUUAUCUUUUGGAUUUAACGGAACCAGCACGAAGAUAUACUGAUCCAAGUUACAACUCAUCCUGCUUCACCAUCAAGUUAUCUGUCUCACAUGAUGAUCAAUUCCUAUUGGCUGGUUCUAACAACUCCAACAAUGUCUAUGCUUGGGAUGUAGAUGGGGAUCCAACAGUUGCUCAUGCAUUUGAAGGUCAUACGGAUACUGUCAGUGGUGUUGCUUGGCAUAAAUCGAACAAUUAUCAGGUAAAUGGAUAUAAAAUGAGAAAAAAAAAAAGGUUGCAAUGA